GGGCACAGGAAUGUUUGUUUGUGUUUUAUAUAUAUAACAUUUACAGUGCUUACGCUAAGUGUACUUAAAAAGGAAAGGGCGAAAUACAGAGAGAGAGAGAAUAGCAAAUAGCUUCAAACCCACCACAAACCCUGAUUCCGAUUCUCCUUCGAUAGGGACGGCCUCCGCCCGAUUCACGCUCUAUAUAUAUACAUAUAGCGGUGGCGAGGAGGAUUUGGAGCAAAAAUGGGGAGGAGGAAGCUCGAGAUUAAGCGAAUCGAGGAUAAGAGUGCGCGCCAGGUCACUUUUUCAAAGAGGCGGAACGGAUUGUUGAAGAAGGCAAGGGAAUUGUCGGUGCUCUGCGAUGUCGAUGUCGGCGUGAUUAUCUUCUCGAGUCGAGGGAAGCUCUACCACUACUGUAGCACCAACAGCCUGACUGAGAUCGUGCAACAAUAUCAGAGCCGUGUUGAUACAGAAUCAGGUGCCUCUAAAGGAGGUUGUGGUACACAGGAACAGAAUUCUAAAUAUGCAGGUUUUCUCACAAGCGGAGAGCUCCUCCAAACUGUUGAACGGGAACUUGGGGAACAAUGUGUUGAUGAACUCAGUGUGACAGACCUUGUACAUUUGGAGAAACAACUUGAGUCAGCACUCAUACGAACAAGAUCAACAAAGACGCAUAUGCUGCUGGAUACCAUAUCAAGCCUUCAUGAAAAGGAAAAGACGCUGGCCGAAGAGAAAAAGUGUCUGGAGGAAAAGAUUGCUGGAAGCAAUACCGGCAGGAAGAAAAAUAUGCUGAUAAUGGAUCUCAAUGUCCGUGCCAGUAGUGAAGUGCUCGAAAAGUAAAAUAAACUGCUAGGCUUUCCUGGACUUUUGGCAUGUUGUAAUAACAACUCGGAUGGAUGAGACACACAGCUCUCUCGCACAAUAUCGUCGUUUGUAAGAAGACAUUGUGGACUUGACUGCCUGGUGUAAGCUCCUCACCCCAUCUCUUUAGUUCUGACUACUGUAGCAUCUUUAACGAAUGCAUGCCCCUGGUGUCUUCUACCUAUAUGUAAAAAGUAUGAACAAUAUUAGUUAAUCUGAGUAUCUUAUGUGUCUACACAGCC